AUGCUCAACUUCGCAUUUGCCAGCAUUGAUCUCGUAGCCAAGCGGCAGCAAGGAAUGCUUAGACCGCUCGGGCAGAACCUGCUAGGCAUCGACGCCAAGGCGGCCUGCGAUGCAGGUGCAAUGGCAGCCAGCAACAAGUACGAACGAGAAGCGCUCCUUACGGCCGGUGUUCUUCAGGGGAUCUUCGUCGCACAAACUUUGGAUGGCGUUCUGGAGCCCCACGUCAAAUCCGCUUCUUGGCUAAUGCAAGCCCUAGGCUACUUCAAGAUGAUACCGUAG